UGCACAAUCAGACUUUCCAAAUUUUUUGUUAAAAAAUGUGUGCUGCGAGUGAAAAAUUCGGCUGUUUGGUAACGUAUCGAAACCAGAGUACAAAAAACAAGAAAAUGGUAACAUUAGGGAGAUUUAAGAAUUCGCAAAAUAAAAAGGGAAACCAAGUUGUGGAUACUUCGGAUAUUGGCCGACUACCUGCCGGAGGUCCUUGCAGCUGCCGUUCCAUUUCGGGACGAUCGGUUUCCAAUGAUCUUGGCCUAACCAUCGUUUCGGAAUCAACCCAAACUGUUUCCACCCAAGACAUGACGACUCAAACGGAAAGCAAAACGAAUACCAAUCUUAACUUUUACGAUUGUCAUGUCAGCAAAAACGCAUCUACCCAAUCUGAACUAAAUCUACGAGAUGAAGAAACUCAAUCGAUGUCGAAAUCGCCCAAGGACUUACACGAUAAUCAAACCCAAACAGAGUUUAUUGAACGAGAAAAACCAAAACAAAAAAGUCGUGAAGCUGAGACAAACAAAUAUGAAGAGAACGAAUCUACAAAGUCGAGUAGCACGUCACGAAAUUGUUUUUUUAAGCGGCCAAAGAUCGUGGUAAAUGGAGGCUCUGUUAUAUCUGCAGAGUAUGCGACCAAAGUGCAUCAGGGUAAGGAGGAUAAAAAUGGGAUAAUAGUCAUUACCCCAAAAGUAGAUAAACACACUCAAUACGAAAACGCAAACCUAUCAGAAGAAAAUCGAUUGCGCGACAAGCCCUCAAGUUCUUCAGCGUGCUCCAAAAUACUUGAUAGGGUGACGGGGUUAGAAACAAUGUUACAAAAACAGGAGCGGUCUCUAAAGGAUUUGCAAGGAUCCCUGAGAUCGUGGAAAGCCCAGCACAGCAAACACGCUGAUUGUAGGUGUAUAUUUAAAGCCCAACCAAAGGAUUGCCAACCUCCAAAGAAACCGGAAACCUGUGACCAGGCGACACAGAAAAAAGACGAAUAUGAUUGCGAAGCCAUGAGCUUAUCCAAAGAAUUUAUUCAAAUUUUUGUAAAGCCUGAGUCGAAAGAAAGUUCCCAAAGAAAAGACCAAAAGUCUUCUGCUAUAAAUUCCAGUUGUAAUGAUUCUAAAUCUAAUAUGGUUAAAACUGAUCGCUGUUCAGAGGAUGUGAAUAAUUUUUUGCAACAAUUCAACCGAGUGUUUUCAAAAUCCAAGAGUGAAGAAUCAAUUUGUUGCGCAUCAAAAAAGCUGUCAGAUAAUAAAUAUAUUGAAAAACCGAGAACAUCUGUCUGUGUAAACCCUUUAAACCAAAACUUGAAACCAGAAGAGGUUGGAAAUUUACUUGAUAAAUUCGUAGAGCUAGUUUCAAAGCCUAAUGAUGAAGCUACAAAAAGUGCAAAAAAAGUUGCUUCGGAAUCUUGUUUGGGUAAUAACAAAAGUCCCAGACAAUCACCGACAACACAAACUGCGGAAAAGGAAGUGUACAAGUCCUUAAUUGAACAAUUUUUAAAUCUUUUUACGAAAUCCAAAACGUGCGAGAGGAAACAAACCCAAAAAACGGAGCCUGAGCCUUACUCAUUCGAUCGGUUAUUGUCUGAGUUAAAUAAAUUAUUUUCCAAACCAAAGAUCUUCGAUUCAAGUUCAGUUAACGAGGAGGAAAGACCCAAAAAGGUUACCAUUUCGGAGAAGGAAACGGUUUUGGGGAAUGAGCAGAAGCCGAACUGCAGUUGUUCGACGAGAACCACUUCAACACAAUCGGACCUCAAAAUGUCGGAUAUGGACUUUAAUUCGAGAAGGCUGAAUGAAAAAUUUUGUGAACUCGAAAAGAAAUCAACACUUGGCGAUAUGAACGCAUCAAAUGAUUCCAUUAGGGAUAUGCGGCCGAGAGAUCAGUCCCCAAGUCGAUGUCAUCUUUGUGGUGAUGGCAAUCAGGCCGUGCUCGAUAGCUUAAUAGACGAACUGCUUCAUCUGAUCGGACCAAGGUUCUUAAACGACGUGGUGCUGACCAUUCUACGGCGUGAGGGAAACAUCUACCACAUAAAUGUCCGUGAAAUGGCGACGGGAAUUGUGCUGGGUUGUCUGCUGGCCAAUGGUACGGCUAUAAACGAAGCAAUUGCCCUGGGAUUGUUCGAGGAUGUCCUCACAUUCUGUGAGCUAGACAAGCGCAGGGAGCACGAUCCCAGGGAAUGUCCAUUGGGUGCAAACCUCGACGUCAUAGAGCCACGGGAGCGUGGUGGAGAGGUUGAGCCGGAUAGCCAUGUCUCCAAAGCAAAUGCUAUUGAAUUUUCCACUCGAGUGUUAGGAGUUCCCGCCGAUCAAGCCGGUCGCUUCUUCUCCCUCACUAAUGCCCUCAAAUUGGCCAAGGAAUCAUCAGAUCAGAGCUUUGGGUGCUCGGAGGGUCGUAUGUUGUCCCGCCAACUUCGUCGAAAUCAGAAAUAUAGUGCUCGUUUUGGGCGAGAAACAGUCACCAGCGACUUGGUUUUUCUCGGCAGCAAAACUAAUUCAUUUUCCGAUUGCCAUUAUCUUGGCAAAACCUCCAGCUUGUUCCUUCGCAUUGUUUCUGGUAAGGAUCUUGAGGAUCAGAAAGGCGAUCGUAAAACAGAACAGUAUCAUAAUAAUCCCAGUAACUUGUGAAUAUUAUAGUUCUUACGCAAAGAGCCGACAAUCCGAUUUUUAACGCCUGAAAAAGUCUGAUCAACCAUUUUUCCUUUCUAAACAUUUUAAAUAUUUUUGUAAUAAUUAUGUAUGGGAAUAUAACCGACACAU